CUCUCAAUCUGGGCAGUCUGCCAGUGUACCCAUCCUGCUCUCUCUCACUUUCUCUCUAUCCCCCUCUUUUUCUCCCUCUCUCUCUAGAUCUCUUUGUAUUCUGCAUUCGCUGAGCUUUUUCACAAUGUUAUUAUAGAACAAAGUGGUUCUGGGUUUUGCUGUGCUCUCUCUCUCUCUCUCUCUCUCUCUCUCUCUCUCUCUCUCUCUCUCUCUCUCUCUCUGUGAGGCAGGCAGCGCAGCAGAGCGGUGAACUCAGUGUGUUCUCAUGUCUGUAUUGGGCAGGCUGGUGAGUGUGUGAGAGAGUACUGAGCAGGGAUGAGCACCAGGCAGUGAGGAAGAGAACGACAGAGUAAAAAAGGAGUGCGGCUGUGGAGAACGAGAGCUGGCAUACCUCUCUCUCUCCCUCCAUCUCACUCAGUCUGUCUCCCCACUCCCAUGCUGUUGUGAUAGACAGCACGGCACUCUCGGCUCGGCUGCAUGGAGGCACAGGGAGGGGCAGGGAGCCCAGAGCCCAAUAAAGACAUCCAGAAGUUGCUGAAGCCCUCCAGCUCAGGGGACCUUUCCAAGGAGUUGUACCAUCACCCAGUGGGGGAAGAGGAGGGAGGGCUCCCAGGACACACCGCUGGUCUGCUGCACGUCACCGAGAGGAGACGUGAGUACCGGGAGCCUCUGAGCAGUGUGUCCUCCCUGGAGGUGCACUUUGACCUCCUGGACCUGACAGAGCUAACCGACAUGUCUGACCAGGAGCUGGCUGAGGUGUUCGCUGACUCUGAUGAGGAGAACCACAACGAGUCCCCAGCAGGCCACCACCAGCCACCCCUGCCCAGAGGAGGCUACAUGCGCUCCCCCUCGUGGACCCGUUGCAGCAAGGCUGAGCCCCCCAGGGAGAGGAAGCACCACAGUGACUCCGACACCACCGCAGGGCCCUUAAUGAAGCUGGAGAGGCCUAAGCAGCCCUGAGAGCCCACGGGUCUGGCCCGGAAAGAGAGAGGCCCAGAGCGGACACACCGAGAGCGGGCACAGAGACCACACCAACUGCCCCAACCCCUGGUCCGGGCACUGAAACAACCAUGUUGCUGAAGACACUACAGACAGACUAAGCUCUCGAUGCUGUGCACUGUAUUAUAAACUUAACAUGAAACAACGGCUGUGAGUGAAAUACACACAGACACAGAUGCAAACACACAAAAUGACACACGGAUAUCUGCAAAACCACACACACGUACACACAUGCUAUUUAUUGUGUUUUCCAUGCAAGGGGUUCCUCUGGCACAAACACUGGAGGGCCAGUGUGAUUUUUGAGGCUUUGUUUGGGGUGAACAUCAGGGUAUAAGGCUGUCCCAGUGUGGGGAGAAUGCCUGGCUAAAAGCCUCCCUAUCCCUGCAGAAUCUUAGGGGUGGGAGAGUGGGCUUGGAGGGGUGGGACGGUCCCUGAAAUCUGUGACAAACUCGGCUACAAAAUAUAAUGUGGCGAAGUUAACGAGAAUACCCACUCCAGUCAAAUAAAAGACUGGAAUAUAGACCUCAUUAUGCGAUAGUACAGCAGGCAAUCUGGAAGUCUUCUUUGUAAUUAGAAUAAGAGUCCAACCUGAAUCUAUUGCACAAUGUUCUUCCUUAAAGUACCAGGGCCAUCUGCUCUCUGAAUUACUUUCUGCAGGCUUUCUGUAGGUUGUAACUAACAAUGGGCAGUGUUUCAGUUGGGCCACUCUCCAUCACUCUCUGAAUUACUUUCUGUAGGUUGUAACUAACAGGAGGCAAUGGGCAGUGUUUCAGUGGGGCCACUCUCCAUCGCUCUCUGAAUUACUUUCUGUAGGUUGUAACUAACAGGAGACAAUGGGCAGUGUUUCAGUGGGGCCACUCUCCAUCGCUCUCUGAAUUACUUUCUGUAGGUUGUAACUAACAGGAGGCAAUGGGUAGUGUUUCAGUGGGGCCACUCUCCAUCGCUCUCUUUUCUUUCCAUCCUCUCCCUCUCUCUCUUCUUCUACACCUCUCUCUACCUGAGAGGAAACCGGUGUGGCCACAGUAAACUAAAUGUAUUUGCAGAUAUGAUAUGAUGUACGACAGCAGUCCUUCUCACCAACAUUACAUUCAACACUGUGGAUCUUGUCCUUUGCCAAACCAAGUGAAGUGGGGAUGAGUGGUGAAAAAAAUAAAGAAUUUCAUGCAAACAAA